AUGUCGGUCGUGGCUGGUGACGCGCUGCAAGAGAGGUGCGACGCCAUACGGGCAAUGCCGCCAAACGACCGCCCGCCCGAUGCGCUGCGCAUUUUCUCGCAAACAGUGCAGGAGCUUCAGCGGGUUGCCAAGGAGAAGAUGCGGCACUACUUCGCUGUCGCGGAGAUGACGGCUCAGGGCAGCGCCGAGGCGGAACAGCGAAGGCAGGCAAAGGCGUUGCGGAUGCAGGCGCUGAUGGUGCUGCAGCGUGCGGCGGACGUGGGUGAGGAGAUACGCGCCUUGUGCUUGUUAGAGACGGGCCAUCGCGAGAAGCACGGCGGCACGCGCGGGUCAGUCGGCAGUGGUACAGGGCCACGGAGAGACACCAACGCCGUCCAGCUGCGGCAGCCACCGCUUAUAGCGGCACAGAUGCUACUGCUUGUUCGAGCAACCCAUGCCAUGAUGCAGGAGAUGCUUGUCGCUGGCGGCGGUGGUGGCAAUGCGACGGAUGCCGAUGCCGCUGCCGCCUCGCAGCGUGAGAUGCUUCAGGCCAUCCAACACGCAAAACGCGCCUACGACCUCGCCAAGCGGGUCGCCGUCAUUCUUCGCCGAGAACAAGAGGCUGCGGGGAUGUCAAAGGCGCCGGAGAAUGCGGCCGUCAUGCGUCAUCUUGCCAACAUGGAGGAGGAGUGCAGUCCCCUGCAGUGCGCCAAAAGUGAGAUGCAGCUGGCUUUCCUGCGGGCUCGUGCAGGGCAGCACGAAAAGGCUCUGCGGCAUCACCGGGCGGCAGCUCAGCUUCUCACCUCGCUUAGCGUGCACGGCACGAGCGCCGGGAACGGGCAGGCACGGAUGGCGCCGGAGGCAAACCAACUUCUCCCUGUGGCACUAUUCAACUGGGCAUGCCAGCUUGAGCAACUCGCCGCCGGGGAGCGGAACGAGGAGCGACAGCAGGACCUGCUCAACGAGAGGAGCGCCUUACUGGAACGUGCCCGUGAGGUGGCGCAAAGGUAUUUGGAGCCCACCCACCCGCUACGCCGGCAGCUGCAGCAGAGCCCGGGACUCCCUUUUGCCUCGUCUCAGGCGGAUGGAGGGGCUGCGCUGCGGGGGGCACCUCCCGUUCCGCAAGGGGCGGCGGCAGCGUACGUAUUCCCGCGAGACUCGCCACUCCAUGCCUUGGACCCCUUCAACGCAAGCGUGCCGCACUCUGGCAGACUGACGCGGCCGAGCUCGUUCCUGGAUCUCUCGGGGCGUCUAUCGCAAGCUAAACUUCACUCUAAGCACCCUCCCGUAGACCACGCUCUCAGCGCCGCCUCUCCUGUGGGUUCGACGGGCUCGCAUCCCCACAAUCAAAGAAUGUCGAGGAUGGGCAGCGUGCAUGGCAGGAGGGGCCUCUCACGGUUGCACUCCAACGACAACUUCUUUCGCGCAAAGCAUAGGCCGGCAGAGGUGAGUCAGGCUGUACUGCAGUGCCACCGACUUCGUAGCCCCAGCGACGCCUUGCGGCUGGGUGGCGUGGUGGUGGUUGACACGCUGUACUCGCGGCAGCACGCCGAGAUUGAGGCGGAGAAAAAACGCGAGGAGGAGGAAAAAAAGAUGCGGCGGCGCAAACGCCGUCAGCGCUCCUUCUUACCGGAGCACUGGGACGCCGGGGGGGACGUUCCCCAUCCCGAGGCGAAGAAGCAGCGGAAGAAGAAGAAAAAGUCGGUGGAUAAGUACGUGUUUGGCGGCGGCGGCGGCGGCUAUGAGGAGGAUGAGGGGCGCGAGGCCCACGCGGGGGGCCUGAACAAAGAAGGAGGGGCGAGGGAAUCCCCAAGCAGCGGCGCAAGCGACGAAAGCAGCGGGAGUCGACGGAGGGGGAGGUGCAGGUGGACGGAGGCGCACGCCGCGGCGGUGAGGCGGGUGAUGAGGCGGCGGCCAGGAAGAAGGAGGAGGAGCGAGCGGGGACGAGACCGAUGCUAG